CGCAGCUCGGCCCCACACACAGCCCGUCACCCAGCCCGUCUGUCUACCUGCCUGCCUGUCUGUCCGCCUCUCUGUCUGUCUGCACGGACAUUAGGCGGUCAGUGAUCUCGCGCACACGGCCAUGAGCUCGGCGUUUUUGCUCCUCGUGCAUCCAGAGAGCAUCUGCAGCUGAAUCUGAGGACUGUCCUGAGCGAAGGAGGAGGAGCAGCACUGCAGCAGACAUGCCGGGCCUGCUGUACAUCACCCUGACUGCACUGCUGGCCUGCUGCGAUGCCUUCAGAGUGGGUUCGUCUCAGAGGGUCAUCCCCCUCAGCGCCCCCGGGGCUCGGGUGUUCCAGGAUGAAGGCCCAGCCCAGGCACACUUCAUCCAGGAAUUAGUCAGAACCAAGCGCCACUCAGUGACAGAGUUAGUGCGGGUCCAGCCUCAUUUGGUUCACGACAUGGGCCGACCAGAGAUCCACGAAACAUCCCGUUCCCAGGACAAGAUGGAGUCUGAUAACUCCUCUCAGAUAAACCCUCCACCCCCCGCAGGUCAAGAAGCAGUCAGGACCCGCCCUGCUUUGGAGGAAAAUGUUGGUGUAGUAGACGAGAUGGAGCGUAUGGUCCAUCUAGUGGUUCCUCAGGAUGCAGAAGGCUACAGGGGGAGUCCAGACUCCAGCGACCCAGACAAGGAGCUCAUUGGCGGGCCAGGAGCUGCUGAUGCCUCCCUGGAGGCCUCCGGCUUCUUCGGGACAGACAUGGAGGACAGAGACAGAGGAGAGGAGGGAGGAGAGGACCGAGAGAGGAGAGGGGGAGAGGAGGAGUGGGAGAGAUACAAGGGAGAGGACAUAGAGAGAGGAGGGGGAGGAGCCAGAGAAGAGGAAGAGGAGAGGGGAGAAGGAACAGAUGAUCAAGACCUCCAUGUGUUGGAUGCCAACCACACAACUCCAGAUCUGGAUGCUCUGAUUGGCUACAGUCCAUCCUUCCAGCCCAGCGUCUCCUCCCCACCUGAGGUGCAUGAUUCUGGGCUACAGGAGCACCGUGUAGCCCCCGUCCUGGAGGUGGAUCCGUUAGAGAGAGAGCUGUGGGAGGCAGAGGGGGAGGAAGGCGGUCAUUCAAGUGGCUACGGAGUCCUUCUCUCCUCCAUCAUUACGACUACUACUACUUCUACUACUACUACUGCUGCUGCUGGUGGAGACGCUGCAGGAACAUCCACCCCUGAGACGGACACAGGCACAGACUUUGGGCUGCUGGGAAGCUACACAAGAGUCUCUGUAGAGGAGACAGAGGAUGAAGAGACAGAGAGGGAGGAAGAGGAAGAAACGGAGCUUGCACACAAAGGCCUUUUUACCCAGAAUCUAACAGCAGCAGAGGUUGGCAUGGCUCCCAGCAGAGAGCCUCUGCAGCCCAGCGUGGAGGAAGAGAAGGAACACCAGUCACAAGGGGGCAUACUGCCAGACAGAAGCGACGAGAUGAAGGAGGAGGAAUGGAGAAAAAUGAAGGAGGAAGAGGAGGGAACAAGCAACAGACACAUGGUCCCGCUCACCACAGACUGGGAUUUACUGGAGAAGACCACUGUCCUGCCGACCCAGAGGUCAGAUGUCAGGGGGGGCGGGGUCACAGAGGUCCACGAUGUGUAUGAGAUGGAGGAAGCACGGCAGGUGGUGUGUUUGGAGUGGAGCGAGCUGGUCGGACGUGGGUACGUCGUCCUCAACAUGACGCAAAACCUAAACUGUGAGGAGUUUCGCGUGGACCAGGGUGUACGGUUGUUGAAGGUCAUGGAGCGCGUGUUCGCUCGGAGAAUGAACAGCCCAGAGGGAUCAUGGUUAAUCUCUCUCAGCAAACCUACACACCAGCAACACCAGCUGCUGAUGAACGUGGCGUCUGACCGCGGAGUGAUAGCCACCAAGGAUGUGCUGGGCAUGCUGGGAGAAAUCAGGAAACAUUUGAAUAAGCUGGGCAUCCAGAACUACAGCUCGGCCAGCAGCUGCCCGUCUCGCCCCAGUCAGACACGCAGCGACUACGGGAAGCUGUUCGUGGUUCUGGUGAUCAUCGGCUCCAUCUGCAUGGUCAUCAUCACAUCUGGAUUCAUUUACAUCUGCUGGCAGAGAAGACUGCCUGCAACCAAGACCACGUUUCGCAAUGAGGAACUUCACUUCGUGGAGAACGGUUGCCACGACAACCCAAUGCUGGACGUAACCAAUGACAACCAGUCUGAGAUGCAGGAGAAGAAGCCGAGCACCAAUGGGCUCGCAGGAGGACGAGGGGGAGGAGGAACAGGGGGAGGAGGAACUGGAGGAGGAACUGGAGGAGGAAGAGGAGGCGGGGAGGAGAGCAGUCGCUGGCAGGUCUUUGUCAAUCAGGCAGUGACUGAGGAGGAAGGAGAGGAGGAGCAGGACACACAUCUCUGAUGGACGAAGAGGAGGAGGGGACAGGUUAUGAAGGUCUUUGAUAGACAGGUGAUAAAUGGAGCCUACAGGAAAGAAGAAGAAGAAGAAGAAGAAGAAAACAGAGGAGUAAUGAGGAGGAAGAAUGGUGGAGAGGAGAGGAGGAAGAGACAGAAAAGAAAAAGUAGUGAGGAUAGGAGAUAAACGAUAUAAGGAGUGAGUAGAAGAUGUGUUGUCCAGUGAGAGUUAAAGAGGCUCGUAGGAGGUGAGCAGGAGUCACUGACAUAUCCAUGGCUAUUAGACACCAGGGUUUAUUUCAUGCUUCAAAUUGAAAUGCAUAAAAAGACAUUUAACUUGCUGAUCUCUUUAAAAGUUCUGGGAAAGGUAAGCAUUUCCUAAAGCUGCAUACCCUUACCUGAUGUUAGAUAAUGUCACAAUCUGUUGAUUGUGCCUUAUGCUUUCAGCUUUUUGCAUUGCACGAAAAAUAAUCCUGAUACCAGCGACACAAUCAUAGCAGAGAGCACCUUAUCCACCGUAACAUUUGAAUGUAAACGAGGCUUCAAAGUCUGAAGCGUCCACAGCUGCAGCGUCAUCAUUGGCUAAAACAUAUUUAGGGAAACUAAAAUAAUUACUAAGAUUUCCCACCUGAUGUAGGUUUAAUUCUGAAGAACACGUUGUUGACUUUGAUAACCAGUGAUGGAAUGUACCUAAGCGCGUUUCAAAUAUUUGACCUACGUACAAACUCAGAUUUUAUUUCACUCCAAUAUAUUUAUCUUAAGGUUAUACUACUUAAUACUGUACAUGUACUGUUAUUAUUUUACAUACAAAAUGUUUGAUGAGCUUACAAACAACAGUGCAAUAUUACUGAUGAAACUACUCAAAAGUAUUUCAAGUAUUUCAAAUUAUUAAUUAUUGACACAAUCUACAGUCCAAUGAUAAAAGGCUAUUAACACAUUAAGGCCUCUUUCAUAAUAAUAAUCAAAUAACACUUUCACAGAAUAGUUUUUUGCAGGUACUUUUACUUUUGAUACUUCAAGUACAUUUUUCUACCAACACCUCUUUACUUUUACUCAAGUAAUAUUUACUCAAAUAUUGUACCAACAGUGUGUCCCCUAGGAUGGAGUCAUAGCAGCGGUGCUAAGGCAGCAAAAUGUGAGCGUGGAGCGCGUGGAACUUUUUAGUGUGUGCGCGUGCAAAGUGCGCCCCGCCAAUAUGUUUCUAUGUGUCUGCCAGCACAAGAAAGGCUCUGGAGGCCCAGUACAUACAGUGGCAAUGUCUCAAGAUUUAGCAAAAUACACCUUUAUUGAACAUACAGUAGCAAAUACUACAAAUCCACAUAACAAAUUAUUACUUAUUAUUAUUUUAAUAAAAAAGAAAAUAAAUUGGCUGCGCUGCCGCUAUUUGUAUAUAGGGGAAACACUGACCAAUAUUUUACACAUUUCUGAUACUUUAUACUUCAUUUAUUAGAAUCAUUUUCAAUGUAUACUAUAGGACAAUAAACCAGCUAAAAUCUCGCCUCGGGCAUCAAAUUGGCUAGAACCGGCCCUGCUAGUAGUUAUUAAAACUUCAGAGAUGUUCAGUAGUUUACCCCUGGUGUCUGAAUCCGGAGACAACAGCGACUCCUCUUAACUUUUCCAAACAGGAAGUACAACCUGUAGCGUGAAGUAAGGUUUUGGCACUUUAUCGAUUCCUCUUGGAAAUGGCGACUAUCAUCAUUGAAAUGCUGCAUCAUGUUAAAUGUAUUACAUACAGUGACUGAGAUAUCUCUAUUUUGCUCAUAGGAAUGGUUGUAGCCGCUGAGGAUGUUUCUCUACAAUCAGUCAUGUGAUUGCUAUACUUACUACCUGUUAGCCUGAUAUGCUUUUUUCAAUAGUGGUGCAAUGGCUGCUGUACGCUACGGGCUUUUCCUCGAGGCGAUGACACAUGGGCAACAUUAAGAGGCAGACAGCAUGACAAAACUAGUAACAGUGUUGAAGUCGAUUAAUCAAAAUAUAAUCCCGAGUCGAGCCCCGAGUUUUUUAUGUUUUAAUGUUAAAUGUUGAAGUUUGAGUCUCUAAAACCAUGUUUAACUCACAUGAGUCAGCACAAUCAUGUCUGAAUCAAUACAGUCAUGUUUGAGUCACUAUCUAGGCAUGGGACCAUAUAUAUAGAUUUCAUUUUAGGAUCAUACUGUCUAAAAUAAUUGUGAUUCACAAUAUUGUCCCACAUUUAUUGCAUCAAAACAUGCUUAAUCUCUUAAAAUGUACAAUAAAACACACGGAAAUCACACACCUUACAUUUUGCAUAUUGCAUCAUAGACAGGACACACAUCCUUUUUAGUGAAACACAAUAAAUUGAUCUGAACUAAUCAUAAAUCAUAAAUUACCUUUACAUUAAUAAAGGAUAAAUUGUUCUAUAAGCAACAUUGUGUGAUUUAGUUUCUUAACAUGAUAAUUCCUGUAUUUUUUUUAAAACAUGGUCAUGGUCACUCGUGAGGAUAUUUACAAUCAUCCCCAUAAUCAAAAUUGCCCCAAUCGUGUUUUUAUCGCGAUCCCCAUAAAAAUGCUAUAUCGUCCCAUCCCUAUAACAGUCACUGCAGACAUGCCUUUAUUUUAUUUAACCAGAAAGGUCUCAAGGCCAUACAAAAAUAAAAAUCUCUUCUGGGCAAGACGGCAAAAAAAAGAGCAAACAAACACCAAAUAUGCUUAUAUAUUAUAAGCAACCUUAUUGUUCCUUCAAACAUUUUUAAAGAAUAAAUCACGCCUGAAUUUCCCCACGUGGAUAAAUAAAGUUCCAUCUUAUCUUAUCUUAUGUCAAGAGAGGGUAAGGAGACCAGGUUAAGUAUGCCUUGCAACUUAGUCCAAUCUUGCAGGGCAUGAAAGGCAAACUCAAUCUGAAGAGUGAUAAUGAUGUACAUAUCAAUUACUUUGUCAUACUGACAAAAUGUACUUUGGACUAAUAUUUUUCUAAAUAAAUACAAUCAUGUCUAAAGUUGUGAUCAUGCCCUUGUCACUACAAUUUGAUUGACCAACAUUUCAAUCAAAAUUAUCUCUAUAAAUCAUCAAAUGUGUGACUUGUAUGGGACUUGAAAAGUUCAGGGCAUAAUAAAGUCUAGUUUCCAAACAGCACAAACCUACAACACUCAUCAAAUGGGCAGAAUACUGUUGAAUUAACUGAAAUGGAGAGAGACAAUUGAUAGCAUCUAUAUUAAGUUAAUAUAGAUGCUAUCAAUUAAAAUAAAUGUAACAUUUGUUUCUGCAGUUGUCACUCUCCAUCCCUGUUACAGGUGUUGCCCAUCUACAUUUGGUCAAGAUGUUGCCUGUGUUUCAGCUCUUUUACUCUGACUUUUCUCAUUGUAACAAUACUGUAUAUGGCUUCACUAUAAACUACGCUGAGUGAUACGCACUUUGUCAGCUAAGCGGGAUAUAGGGAGCGUUCAGGAACUCACAAUUGUCCAUUCUGAAUGACUCCCUGCUGCAGAUGAUCUGCUUCUGAGAGAAAAGUGAAGGGAUAUUGUCCUCCACUGGGAAACAGAACAAAUGAGCAUGUAGCUUUCAGCACUGCAGCGAGCACUAAUAUAACGUACAAAACUGCAACAAGCUGUAACUUUUAUUUGCUGAAAAGCAGUUUGAACCAGAGGAAUUGUGUUGCUUAGAGCUAUAUGCAAUCAAUGAUUGUCUGAAUCUUAUUUUUAAAUAAUUGUUGUUUUCAAGACAUAUCUUUCAAAAUGGAGCAACUGUCACAAAGAAACCAAUAUCCCCCUCGGAUAAAUAAGUAUUCUGAUUUUGAUUCUGAGGAUUUAAAAUAGUUUUCUCAGAUGUUUUUUCCUUUACAGAAUCUGAGAGCAACCUCGUGUUUGUUUGCAUUUGUUAGCAAGUGCAAGUCAGUUGACAUUAAGUUCUGGCAAAAAACAAUGACCCUUGAUCUGAAUAAAGACAACAACAUUAGUUUCCUGGUCACUUUUGUAACUAGGUUUUUGUCAAACAUUUUGUUGAGUAUUUAAUCAUGCUCUCCAAUUUUUUUAUUUCUGUUAAUUUAUUUUACUAAUGUUUUUCUAUGUAUGUAUGUCACACUCAUUUGGUUGUCUGUGUAAUAAGUUAAAUGUGAGAAAUAAAGUUGGGAGAAA